AUGCCUACACCUUCCAGAGACCGGGGCCUGCAUCCCGGGCUCCAGCGCUAUGAUGCCUGCAGCCCCCUGAGCCAGCUCCUGCCUGGCCCCCUGGAGCAGCGGGCGGUCAAGGGCCUUUACUACUGCAGGGCACGGAGGGUGGACACGCUGGACGCCUGCCCGGCCGCCGACCUAAAGAAGGAGCUCCUGGUGAACGUGGGCGGCCGGAGGUACCUGCUGCCCUGGAGCACGCUGGACGCUUUCCCGCUGAGCCGCCUGAGCCGGCUCCGCCUGUGCCGCAGUCUGGAGGAGAUCACACAGCUCUGCGACGACUACGACGCUGACCGCCAAGAGUUCUUCUUCGACCGCAGCCCCAGCGCCUUUGGCGCGAUCGCAAGCUUUCUGGCGGCCGGGAAGCUGGUACUGCUGCGGGAGAUGUGCGCGCUGUCCUUCCGCGAGGAGCUGGCCUACUGGGGCAUCGAAGAGGCGCAGCUGGAGCGCUGCUGCCUGCGCCGGCUGCUGCGGAAGCUGGAGGAGGCGGCCGAGCUGCGCAGAGCAGAGGCGCUGCAGCUGGGCUGCGAGGCCACCGGGCCCGCCGUGCGCCCCUCGCGCUGGGGCCGCUGCAUGAACCGGCUGCGCCAGAUGGUGGACGACCCGCAGUCCGGGCUGCCUGGGAAGGUCUUCGCCUGUCUGUCCAUCCUCUUUGUGGCCACCACGGCGGUCAGCCUGUGCGUCAGCACCAUGCCGGACCUCCGGGCAGAGGAAGACAAGGGUGAGUGCUCUCGGAAAUGCUACUACAUCUUUGUCGUGGAGACCAUCUGUGUGGCCUGGUUCUCCCUGGAGUUCUGCCUGCGCUUCGUCCAGGCCCGCAACAAGUGCCGCUUCUUCCAAGGACCCCUCAACAUCAUCGAUAUCCUGGCCAUCUCCCCAUAUUACGUGUCGCUGGCAGUGUCUGAGGAGCCCCCAGAAGACAGCGAGAGGCCAAGCGGCGGCUCCUACCUGGAGAAGGUGGGGCUAGUGCUGCGUGUGCUGCGGGCACUGCGCAUCCUCUACGUCAUGCGCCUGGCCAGACACUCACUCGGGCUGCAGACGCUGGGGCUCACCGUGCGGCGCUGCGCCCGUGAGUUUGGGCUGCUGCUGCUCUUUCUGGCCGUGGCCGUCACCCUCUUCUCACCACUGGUCUACGUGGCCGAGAAUGAGUCUGGGCGAGUGCUGGAGUUCACCAGCAUCCCUGCCUCCUAUUGGUGGGCCAUCAUCUCCAUGACAACGGUGGGCUAUGGUGACAUGGUCCCUCGCAGCGUGCCGGGCCAGAUGGUGGCUCUCAGCAGCAUCCUGAGUGGGAUCCUCAUCAUGGCCUUCCCAGCCACGUCCAUCUUCCACACUUUCUCCCACUCUUACCUAGAGCUCAAGAGGGAGCAGGAGCAGCUGCAGGCCCGCCUGCGCCGCCUGCAGAGUGCUCACGUGUCCAGCGCCAGUGAGCGAGAGCUCCUGGCUGACACGGAUGAUCUGGCUCCUGGUGAGGGCCCCGCCCUGCCCCUUACCUACAUGUAG